CCGCACUUUUUCGUUGCUACUCUCGGGGAUGCCCAGCGUAUCAAUGCUCGCACUCCUCAUGGUAUCACUACUAUCAACGAACUCCUCAUUCGCCGAGCUAGAGAUACUCCUGAUGCAGUGGCCGUAGGGAUGGCGAUCCCACCCCAAGGCGGGAGCGAAGACGACGGGAGAUGGGGAAGCAUAGUUUACACGUAUUCGCAACUUUUGAAAAGCACAACCGCCGCGGCUCACCGGCUCUCUGCCCUAUUGCCGCCGGCAAAGAAGAUUCCUGGCUCAAAUGAUGGUCCCACGGUUGCGAUCCUGUCGGAGAGCUCAUGGGAUAUGCUCAUGUGCUUCUUUGGGCUGAUCAGGAUGGGAUACACGGUUUUACUGAUAGCCCCCCAAUGUGACGCCCGGGCAAUCCAGCACCUGGUCAAAAGCACUUCCUCAAAACUCCUUCUACACUCUCCCCCCCUGGCCGAGCUCGCAUUCUCCGCGGCCCCGUGGUGCAAAUACAGUGCCCUUCCCGCAUACGAAAACGAAGAUGCCCACUUCUCACAUGACUGGUGGCCCACCCCAUCAUUCGUCGAUUCAUCGACCGUGGCAUAUAUUCAUCACACUUCCGGAACAACCGGACUGCCCUCUCCAAUCCCACAGAAACAUGCCACUGCAACAGUCCAUCUGCCCUGCCUCCCUCCGCGAACAGCUAUCUCGAUGCUGACAAUGACACCGUUGUAUCAUGCCGGCGUGGCGGACAUGAUGCGGUCGAUGAUGUCUUCUUCCAUGAUAUGGCUGUUUCCUCCCACGGUCCCCAUCACUAGUGGGAAUAUUCUCCGUGCAAUCGACACGGCCGAUUUGCGGCUUCCUGAAUCUCCUGUUAAUCUCUUUACUGCCGUGCCAUACAUUCAGAAAAUGUGUCUGGAAGAUCCAGCAUGCUUGGCCGCGUUGCAGGAGAUGGAUAUGGUUGGAUACGGUGGUGCACAGCUCCCGGAUCAUGUUGGAGAUGCACUAGUUGAGAACGGUGUGAAUCUUGUCAGCAGGUUCGGUAGCACCGAAUGCGGAUUCUUGAUGAGCUCCUACCGCGAUUUCGAAAACGACAAAGAAUGGGAAUAUUUGAGAGUAUCCGCCGAUUCGAAGAAUCUCGUAUUUGAGCUACGGGAGGAUGGUGCUCGAGAGCUCGUCGUGAAACCUGGCUGGCCACAUAUGGCAAAAACAAAUCGUCCCGACGGUUCAUUCGCGACCUCGGAUCUUUUCCGCCCCCAUCGCACCAUCCCCCGGUUAUAUAAGUACCUUACACGCAGCGACUCGACGCUCGUCCUGCUGAACGGCAAAAAGUUCGAUCCCACGCAGAUCGAAGACGGCCUUCGGCGACUCGAUAUCGUCGAGGAGGCAAUAGUCUUCGGUCAAAACAAGGAGUCGCCAGGUGUCUUAAUCUUUCCCGCCCGCCCACAUGUCGAUGUGAACAGCUUGAUGCAUAGCCUAGAAGGAAUCAACUCGAUGGUGCCGGCGUAUGCUCGCAUUCCGCCGGAGUUGGUGGUCGACAUCGAAUAUGGCAGGGAGUGGCCGAGGAGUAGCAAAGGCCUUGCGCUGAGGAAUCAGGCGGAGGAGGUCUUCCGGAAGGAGAUCGAGGAUGCGAGGAAGCGGUACGAGGGCGGUGAUGUUGGCGUUGAUGUUGGCGAUACUAAUCAAAAUCCCACAAAGUUGGAUGUAGGUGAGCUGGAAUGGGUCGUGGCGCAGGUUGUAGAGGCAGUUGUGGGCAGAAAACUUGGGAACGAUGAGGACUUCUUUAUGAGUGGAGUGGACUCUAUAAUGGCCACCAGAAUUCGAAGAUUGCUCAUGAAUAAACUUAAAAAGCCGCUCCCUACAAAUGUGGUCUUUGAACAGCGUACAAUCAAGGGUCUCGUUUACUUUAUAUCUACCGCCGCAGAAGUCGAUAUGGAAAAGAAGCAUGAGCUACAUGUCAUGCAAGAGAUGCUGAAUAAAUUCGCUGCGGAACCCAAGCCACCGGUUGUGCUCCUGACAGGUGCUACGGGAGCCCUUGGUGCUCACAUACUGCAUGUCCUCGUUCAACUCCAGAUUCCCAAGAUAAUCUGUUUGUGCCGCGCCUCCUCCUCGACGGUGGCCAAAGACCGACUCUUUGCCAGCCUCUACCAGCGUAAGAUCCCCAUUGCCUGGUCCCGCGACACCGACGUCCGUGUCAGCAACGCCAUCCUCUCAGAGCCUAUGCUCGGUCUACAAGAGGACGUUUACACCGAGCUAGCCUCUGAGGUAACGGUAAUCAUCCACGCCGCCUGGCCCGUCAACUUCCUCGCGCCUCUCCCCUCCUUCGACUCCGCGCUCGCAGGCACAAAGAACCUCCUGCAGCUAGCAAAUACCGGCGGCACCAAGAAGCGCAUGGUAUUCUGCUCGUCCACCGCAUCCGUAAUCCGGGCUCCCGCCCCAAUCCGCGAAGAGCCCUCCUACGAUCCCUCGCACGCCUCGCCGCUCGGCUACAGCCGCUCGAAGUGGGUUGCGGAGGGGCUCGUCAGCCGUGGCGGCGGCGAGGUGGUCCGGCUCGGCCAGCUCUCGGGCGAUACCCAAGCCGGCGUGUGGAACCCGGAGGAGGGAUGGCCGCUGCUGCUGAAAACACUCGAUCUCGUCCACUGCCUGCCGGAGUUGAGGGAGCAGGUGCAGUGGCUGCCAAUUGAUAUUGCCGCCGAUGCGGUCGUGAGAAUCGCGCUUCGCCAGGGAGUCUACGAGGAGAAGAGGUUCUGGCAUGUGCUCAAUAAUAGGCCGUUGCCGUGGAGCACAGUGCUGCGCGCCAUGGAGUUCUGGCGUGGUCAGGUUACCAAAGCUACGCCACAGGAGUGGGUAAGAAGGCUGGAGGUUUCCGAGAAGAACGGGGAAACAGUGAAGCUUUUGGGGUUGUGGAAAGAUACGGUAACGCCCGUCCCUACUAAUCCAUCGAGAUCAAGCUUGGAAGACUGACUGAUGUUGUUCUUCUCAGUAUGGAGCGGUAAAUGGAGGGAAAGCGGCGGCGGUGGUGAAAGAGCCCGUCUUUGAAGUCAAGAAUAUGGGCAGCCUGUUCCCCGGGUUUGUAAAUGGCGUCGAGAUCGACCAGGAAUACAUUCAUACGGUUUUUAGAGCGCUGGGGAUUGAGGGCAGAUUGCCAAACUAGGUAGAAGGAGAAGCCGAGUGGUGUUUCAUGUAUGAUACAUGGAAUAUUCUGUUUUCUUUGAGUGGAUCUGGAAAUGUAGAGUAGAGUAGAGUAAAUUUGUAGAAUACUCAUUGCGAAUUUGGAAUGCUGAUGUUCGACUUAGGAGUGACGGAGAGAGGAGAUGUCCCAU